UGCGGUUGCCGUUGGCUCUCCCGAGGCGGCGGCGGCGGCCGUUGCUACGGGUUGUGAGAUGCCGGGCGGAGGCCGCUGUCCCGAGUGCGGCUCGGCUGAGCUUGUGGAAGACUCGCACUAUUCGCAGAGCCAGCUGGUGUGUUCCGACUGUGGCUGCGUGGUCACUGAGGGGACCCUUACCACCACCUACAGCGACGAGGGCCACCUCCGAGAAGUCACGUAUUCCCGAAGCACAGGAGAAAGCGAGCAAGCGAGCCGCAGCCAGCAACGAGGUCUCCGCCGAGUGAGAGACCUGUGCCGCGUUCUGCAGUUGCCACCGACGUUUGAGGACACGGCGGUCGCCUACUACCAGCAGGCGUACCGGCACUCCGGCAUCCGCGCCGCCAGGCUGCAGAAGAAGGAGGUGCUGGUUGGGUGCUGUGUCCUCAUCACCUGCCGGCAGCAUAACUGGCCGCUCACCAUGGGGACCAUCUGCACCCUGCUCUACGCAGACCUGGACGUGUUUUCCAGCACCUACCUGCAGAUGGUGAAGCUGCUGGGGCUGGACGUGCCGUCCCUGUGCCUGGCAGACUUGGUGAAGACCUACUGUAGCAGCUUUAAACUGUUCCAGGCCUCCGCCUCCGUGCCGGCCAAAUACGUGGAGGACAAGGAGAAGAUGCUGGCGCGAACUCUGCAGCUGGUGGAGCUGGCGAAUGAGACGUGGCUGGUGACCGGGCGGCACCCCUUGCCUGUCAUCACGGCGGCCACUUUCCUGGCCUGGCAGUCGCUGCGGCCUUCGGGUCGGCUGACGUGCUCCCUGGCCCAGUUUUGUAAACUGGCGAGCGUGGACCUGCCCUACCCUGCCUCCUCCCGCCUGCAGGAGCUGCUGGCUGUGCUGCUGCGGAUGGCCGAGCAGCUGGCCUGGCUGCAGGUCCUGAACCUCGACAAGCGGUCCGUGGUGAAACACAUCGGGGACCUCCUGCAGCACCGCCACACGCUGGUCCGGGCGGCCUUCCGGGACGGAGCUGUGGAAGCGGAGACCCGGGAGCCGGGACGGCAGGGGCCGGAGCAGGGACAGGGCGAAGAGGAGGCGGCGCCAGGUAGCUCCUCAGGGCUGCCUCAGCGGAAGCGGCCAGCCAGUCCUGCCCCCCUGCUCCCCCCCUGCAUGCUGAAGCCCCCCAAGCGGAUCCCUCCCACCCCGUCGGUGUCCACGGUCACUGGAGAUGAGGACAUUUCUGACAGUGAAAUAGAGCAGUAUCUGCGCACCCCCCAGGAAGUGCGGGAGUUUCAGAGAGCCCAGGCUUCGAGCCAGGCCACCAGGAGUGUUCCCAACCCGCCUUGACGCACAGCCAUGGUGGGACAGGAGCCUGGGGGUACCUCAUCUCGUCUGACCACAGCUUGGUGAUGGGCCUGUCAUCUGGGGAAGUGAGUGUCUGUGAGCACACAGGCGCUAUUUGUCGUUGGAAGGGAUGAGAGGGGCUCGGGGUAGGAGUCCAGAGUGCAGGGAGGGCUCAGGAGGGUGCUCCCUAUCCAUCGGUGCCGGGUGCGAGUUGCGUCUGCCCCUGGCCUGUGGGAUGCCUUUCUCUUCAGCGGUUGGGGACGUGUCAGUCCCUUGCUCCCGGUUUGAGUUGGACUCAGUGCUCCUGAGGUUUCUAGAGGCCCAGCGGGGCGUCCCUGCUGCCUGUGGAGCAGUUGGCAUUGCCAGCGGUGCCGGCGUUGGCCCUCUGAGCAGCAGGAGCCAGGGGAUUCUGGGGCCCGUGUCCUUUCCCAGGCAUCGGCAGGUUCGUGUGUAUGGUGUCAUGAGAUCCUGGGUCUCAUAACAAAAGGACCGUGGGUACACUAAGGUUAUAGCUUAA